AUUCACACGAUCCAUGGCAUGGCGGAUCUAGCAUAUGCGCUUACGCACGUGUAGUAUGCGGCACUGUAUUGUCAUUCGAGCGGUUUUGCAAUUUUAAUAAUGUAACAGAGCACCUCGGCCGAACAAUUCACUUUCAAAUUUGACAUCAUUUUCCACGAUUCUUUGUAGGCGGAAGAAUGAGUACGAUCUUGGAAAAAAUUGCCUCUAUCGAGGCCGAGAUGGCCCGAACCCAGAAAAACAAGGCAACUUCUGGGCACUUGGGUCUGUUGAAGGCCAAGUUAGCCAAGCUCAGACGUGAGCUGAUCACUCCAAAGGGCGGUGGAGGAGGUGGUGAACAGGGUUUCGAAGUCGCCAAGACCGGCGAUGCUCGCAUUGGCUUUGUUGGCUUUCCAUCUGUCGGAAAAUCUACCCUAUUAAGUACGCUUGCUGGCGUGUACUCUGAAGUGGCCGAGUACGAGUUUACAACGCUUACAACUGUCCCCGGCUGCAUAAAAUACAAGGGUGCAAAGAUACAACUGUUAGAUCUUCCAGGUAUCAUAGAAGGCGCGAAAGACGGAAAGGGACGUGGACGACAAGUUAUUGCCGUAGCACGAACGUGCAGCUUGAUCUUUAUUGUUCUGGACGUGCUCAAGCCCCUCGGACAUAAACGGCUGAUUGAACAUGAAUUGGAGGGCUUCGGUCUACGGCUGAACAAACAACCACCAAACAUAACGUUUAAAAAAAAGGACAAAGGCGGUAUCAAUUUGCAGACUAUGUGUCCGCAGACCGAGCUCGAUUACGACACGGUGAAGAUGAUUUUGUCCGAGUAUAAAAUUAGCAACGCGGACAUCACGCUCAGGUACGAUGCCACUUCCGACGACCUGAUCGACGUCAUAGAAGGGAAUCGCGUUUAUCUACCUUGCAUUUAUCUUCUAAAUAAAAUAGAUCAAAUAAGUAUAGAAGAGCUGGAUAUUAUUUAUAAAAUUCCGCACUGUGUGCCCAUCUCCGCUCAUCACAAAUGGAACUUUGAUGACUUGCUGGAAAAAAUGUGGGACUAUUUGCAGCUCGUUAGAAUUUACACCAAACCGAAGGGACAGCUGCCCGACUACAAUGCUCCCGUAGUAUUAAAUACCGAGAAGCGAACUGUCGAAGAUUUCUGUAACAAGCUUCACAGAUCGAUUGCGAAGGAAUUCAAGUAUGCAUUAGUAUGGGGUUCAUCGGUGAAGCACCAACCGCAGAAAGUGGGGAAGGAUCAUCUGCUUUGUGACGAAGAUGUUGUACAAAUUGUGAAGAAAGUGUAACUCGUUUCCUUUGUGUGGCUGUUCUUCAGCGAAGGAAUAAACUUUUACUGAUGAAAUUAACGAUACCCGAUUUGAGAAGAAAGCACAUUUCGAUUAUUAUUGUCAUAUACUACGUUAUGUGUACGUAUAUGUUCAAAUUGUUAUUAUAUUUGAUCGAUUAGAAAGAGAGAGAGAGAGAGAGAGAGAGAGAGCGCAAAAUGUAAGAGAAAUAAUAGAAAAUUAUGUCUGCAGCAAAUUACAGAUACAUCUGGUUUUAUAAGAUUAUGUAUAAAAUAAUCCUGAGAGAACUAUAUUUUAUAAUUAUAUUUUAUAUAUACCUGGUUUACAUGUAUAUGCACUCCCCAGACGCACACAGAGAUAUUUAAAUCUUUUUGAAUGAACAUGUACGUAUAAAUAAUAUAUAAUAUGAAAUUUGCUGUA